AACCAAGUGCAGCUGUAACGAAUGAUCUCACUACAGAUGGUCGUACACGAUCUUCAACAGCAACUACCAUAAGUGAAACGGAUUUAAUUUCCAGCACAAUACCUAGUAAUCGUCGUGGACCGUUUCAACAAAAUCCAAAUGUUCAACAUUUAACAUGCUCCAUUGCCGAAGAUGAUAUAAAUUCAAAAUUGAUCGAUGUCGGAAUUAUUUCAUCACAAGACGGAUAUGCAUUUUUAGAUGAAGGAUUAGUUAAAAUUUAUGUUAAACAAUUACUCUCGGCUCUAUCAUGUUUACACGAUCACGGUAUUAUUCACCGUGAUAUUCGGUGUGUGAACAUAUUCUUAAAAGAUACAACAAAAUUACAAAUAAAACUAGGCGAUUUGAAUUUUGUCUACGAUUUUAAAUUUAUGAAACAAAAUCAACAAAAAAUAUCUGAUGAUGUUGCAGAAGUAGAAUCGAUAAGAGAAUCAAUCGCUUUCACAUCUCCAGAAACUAUCACACAAAAUGAAACUACUACAAAGUCGGACAUCUGGAGUCUCGGUUGUAGUCUCAUUCAUAUGUUAACAGGAAGAAUUCCAUGGUCAAAUUACACAGUUGCUAGUAGCGUUUAUUAUUUAACUGUUAAAUAUCGAAUAGCCUGUGGUGAAAAACCACAAAUUCCAGAACAUUUAUCUGAAAAUUGUGUCGAUUUUCUUAAAAAAUGUUUUAUGCAUGAUCCAAAUAAACGACCAUCAUCUGUUGAAUUAGAGAAACAUCCAUUUGUAACAGAAGAAAAGAAGUAUAAAUAA